CCAGUCAUUCCCCCACGGGAUGGUGGCGCUAGCGUCCAGUCCUACUCCGCUGCGGUCCCCCCGCGCUUCCAGCCGCCUCCGAUCGCAGCCUGUGACGCGAGGGCUCCUCUGGAGACGGGGUGCCGAAGCCAGCAGCCUGCGGCGCCGGAAAGGCGUUACCCGGCUUCAGCGACCGGCCUCAGUACCGUGCCCGCCCCGUCUGCAAGCCGCACGGGGCCCGUGAUGGCGGCGGCGCGGCCAGUGCUGGCUCGGGCUCUGCUGCAGCAGUGCGUGUCCGCCCGGCUGCAAGUGAAGCCGCCUGAGCACGGCUCCGAGGCCGAGUGGGUGGAGAUCCAGAGAGGACUUGUUAUCUACAUAUGCUUCUUCAAAGGUGCUGAUGAGGAUCUUGUUCCAAAAAUAGUCAGCACACUGCUGAGUGUUAAAUUAAGUGAAACUGAAAGCGGCGAGUACAUUUCUGUUCUGAAUUUACCAGGCGAUGUGCUAAUCAUACCACAAGCCACCCUGGGCGGUAAACUGAAGGGAAGAAGGAUGCAGUACCAUGCAAAUAUUGAAAAAGAGAAAGGGCUGGAACUUUAUUCUCAGUUUGUGACUUUGUGUGAAAAAGAACUGGCUGGCAAUGCCAGAUGCAGGGAAGCAGGUGUUCUUGUCAAGCACGGUACGUAUGGAAACAGGCAGGUGUUAAAGCUGGAUACAAAUGGACCUUACACUCAUCUGAUUGAAUUUUGAAAAAAAUAAGUGAUAACCUGGGUACAGAACUGGCUUGCAAGUGAUGUUUGUUCAUUUUUAAUGUCUAAGCAUUAAUGUUCUUAAAUGGUUUGGGAGAUAAGAGUGUGAGAAAGAUUUUCACUCAUCUGUACUGGUGUUGCCAAUGCCAUUAAAUAGAAGGAUGCCUGAGACUACUUUGCAAUAAUGAGUAUGUGGUUUAUGUACAUUCUCAUCUGAAGUGUGCUCCAAAUA